AUGCAAAGUGAAUUGGUACUUAUAACAUUGAAACAAUGGUCAUUAAUCAUUCUCUAUAAUCUUUUCUUAUUUUCUAUUUUGUCUACUCUGUCAUUUGGAAAACCGCUUAUUAAAUCAGACGUUUAUCCAUUCAAUUAUUCUAAACAAUCAAUUAUAACAUGUUACUCAAAUACACUGUCGAGUGUUAAUUAUAUGCAAUUAACAGCCGUAACUGGCAAAUGGGAAGUUGAUAAAAAAUUUCAAAUUAACGAAGUAAAUGUUAAAGCAAAUGGUAGUAUUAAACUAAUAAUUCAUCAAAAAUUCAAUUAUUCAACAUUGAUUCAACCAGUUGAAUGUGAAGUAAAAUAUUUAAAUAACAGUGUAAUAAGUUCAUAUCUAAAUGUAUAUCAUGUUGUGGAAAUACCCCAAAAAGCAUUCUUUUCAAUAAUUAUUGAUACUGGAAAAUCCAUUACAAUUUCGUGUAUUACAUAUGGUACAAACGUCUCAUUACUGUGGGAUUUUAGUAAAGAUGGAAAAUCUUAUAGAACAAAUUUACCUGAUGGAGUUCAAUUUCGUCCAAAAUAUAUUGUGAAUGAUGCAUUGUACAUUGAAAAAGUGAGUUAUGAUAUUUAUCGCGGAUAUUAUCGUUGUAAUGGAUCUAAUAUUAUCGAAAAUAAAAUAAAUAAAGAUUUUGUUAACAAUUUUUUAAGAGUACGAAAAAAUGGUACAUGGAUUCCGAUACUAAUUGCUCUAUUGUGUAUUUGUGCCUGUGUCGCAACACUAAUACUCUAUUCAGAAUAUUAUCAACCAAAAACAAAUGUCACUGGUAUUAAUAAUACCAAAGAAUCAGUCGUUUACGAAACGGAAAAACAAUCGAUGAACUGCCAUUCAGACAAAGAGGUUCAACUACCACCAGAUUUAAACGUUUCUAUCAAAAGACAAUCAAAUAUUGUAUCUAAUAUAUAUGACUAUUCGAAUAAACCAUCGAAAAAAUUUCCAUCACCUACUGUUGAAUUGAAACAAUCAAGUGUAUCAGAAUUAUUUGAAAAAGAUGCCGACGAAUCACGACGAAAAAUAGAUCAUCAGCAACAGCAACCACCAUCAAAACUCCGACACCCAGCGACUAAAACGCCACUUUAUAAUGUUGUUGACGGAUCAAUCAAAAACAGUGAUAUUAGACAUCGAUUAACGAUAACCGACGAUGAUAUACUUCUAGAGUCAAAUUCGUCAUUUUUGGAUCAAUCGCAGCAAUUUCCUCUAGUAUCAUCCAUUCUUAGUGAUAAAACAACAUUUGCAAGAAGAAGCAAUCCUUCAACUGCAUCACAUCCUCUGACAUUUAUUCUCGGUAACCCUUUCACGUCUUCGAAUGUUCGUCCGAUUGAUACACAUGUGAAUCGUAGACGAUUGACGAAUAAUCCAUCGUAUUAG